UUUUUGGCAACGACUGAUGUAAGUGUAGCGUAGCGUAGGCCUUGAGCCAUGGUAAUGUUUGUGUAAUGAAGAGAGAUGCCGAAUAAAUCUGAAAAAGAAAAGUGUUCCAAUGUUGCUGGAGACACAAAAAAUUCAAAUGCCCCUCCACCCACACAGUUAACGAAGAUUAAAUAUAGUGGAGCUUCAUACCUAAAAAAGUAUGACAAACGGCAAACAUCAUCUAGAUUCAAUAUUUCUAAAAAUAGAGAACUUCAGAAACUUCCACUCUUAAAAGAUGCUCAGCAACAGGAGUGGGAAGAUUUAUUUAUUCAAAAGCUUCGGCAAUGUUGUGUUUUAUUUGAUUUUGCUACGGAUCCCCUCAGUGACUUGAAGUACAAGGAGGUUAAGCGUGCAGCUUUAAAUGAAAUGUUAGAAUAUAUUUUCGCUCAGCGUGGUGUCAUAACUGAGGCUAUAUAUCCUGAAAUAGUUCAUAUGUUUAGUUGCAAUGUUUUUCGCACAUUACCUCCAUCUUCUAAUCCCAGCGGUGCAGAAUUUGAUCCUGAAGAAGAUGAACCAACAUUAGAAGCUGCAUGGCCACAUCUGCAGUUGGUGUAUGAAUUUUUCCUGCGUUUUUUGGAAUCACCAGAUUUUCAACCAAAUAUUGUUAAGCGCUACAUUGAUCAAAAAUUUGUGUUACAGUUAUUGGAGCUAUUCGAUAGUGAAGAUCCUAGAGAAAGAGAUUUUUUAAAAACAACUUUACAUAGAAUAUAUGGUAAAUUUUUGGGACUAAGAGCAUACAUACGUAAACAAAUAAAUAAUAUUUUUUACAGGUUUAUAUAUGAAACUGAACAUCAUAAUGGUAUAGCUGAAUUAUUAGAAAUUCUAGGAAGCAUUAUUAAUGGUUUUGCAUUACCCUUAAAAGAAGAACACAAAGUAUUUCUCUUGAAAGUUCUAAUGCCUCUACAUAAAGUUAAAUCCUUGAGUGUUUAUCAUCCACAGUUAGCAUACUGUGUUGUUCAGUUUUUAGAAAAAGAUCCUAAUUUAACCGAACCAGUAGUCACUAGUUUAUUAAAAUUUUGGCCUAAGAUGCAUAGUCCUAAAGAGGUCAUGUUUCUUAAUGAAUUAGAAGAAAUAUUAGAUGUUAUAGAACCUGCUGAAUUUACAAAAGUGAUGGUUCCACUUUUUAGGCAGCUGUCUAAAUGUGUUUCUUCUCCACAUUUUCAGGUUGCAGAACGGGCUCUGUAUUAUUGGAAUAAUGAAUACAUAAUGAGUCUGAUUAAUGACAAUGCUACAGUGCUGUUGCCGAUUAUGUUUCCAUCUUUAUAUCGCAAUUCGAAAUCUCACUGGAACAAAACCAUCCACGGACUAAUCUAUAAUGCUCUUAAACUUUUUAUGGAAAUGAAUCAAAAGCUCUUUGAUGAAUGUGUACAAAACUAUAAGCUUGAAAGACACAGUGAGAAAGCAAAAAUGAAAGAAAGGGAAGAACAGUGGUCAAAAAUAGAAAACUUAGCUGUAAAAAAUCCUAAAUUUAAAGACAUAGCCCCUUUGAAUGCCAACCUUGCUAAUAAUGUAACAGAAACUGCUGUUCCUGAUCUGCCAACUCCUGUGGAUGAAGAGUUUUUAAUGAAUUAUGAAAAAAUAGAGUAUGAAACUAAAGAUGUCAAGAAAAUACCAUUUCAAAAAGAAAAAACUCUUUUACGUAGAAAAUCUGAACUUCCUCAUGAUUCAUUAACCCUCAAAGCUCUCAAUGACCAUAAACGGGUUGAUGAAUAUCUCACACCUGCUCCUUCAGAAAGUAUUUGAAAAUAGCAAUAAACUAGAGUGUUAUAGCCAUCAGUGUUAAAAUUCACUCAAGGUGCUCAAUGCCUAUUUACAUUCCUUAUUGAGCGAAUAAACAAAGAAACUCUUUCUUCCUGAUUGGUCGGUGUUUAAAAUUGACUUUGUUUUAAGCAGAGACGCAGCAUUUUUGCAAAAGUCUUGCCUUUUUUAAGUAUGACAAAAUUUAUCAUGAUUGUAAUUAAAUCAAUUAGUUUCAAAAAAUGCCCAAAAUAAACUUCUUGUAAAUGCUUGAUUUGUAUAUAUGAAAAUGAAAUGAUUUGAUAGAAUUUUGUUUUUGAUCUUUUGAUGAUUUAAUUUUUACAUUUUGCUUUGAUUUCAAACCACUACUGAAUAUGUUUGAAUUUGUAAGUACUCAUACUAAUCAAAAAGAAUUUAAAAAAUUUCUUCUUUAUUAUUUUUAUUUCCCUUUUUUUUAACACUGUAGUUGAAGCUCUUUAAAUAUUAAAAUUUAAAUGUAUUUGUGUAUGUAAAAAUAAAACUUUUAUCAUAAAAAAUUGUCACAUUUUUAUUUUAUGAAAUUCUAUUGAAAAUGCUAUCCAAUCAGGGUUGGAGGGCUUUGGUUUUAUUGCUAUUGUUACAUACUUCCAGUACUGGCUUGCUGUCUCUUAAUAUUAAGUAUAACUUCGAAGUUGUAAGGGAAUGUGCGAGAUGUAGAAUUGCAGUUUUGGAAGAUUAAAAGACAUGUAUAGUAUACAUAGUAUUAUCAAAAUUUUGUCUAUUUUUUUAAUCAUUCUGUUACUAUAGCUCAUGCAUUCCCUUUUGUCAAGUAUUUCUGUGAUAUGAUAGUUGAUACAGUUAUUACUUGAUUAACUUUUUUAUAGUGAGAUCUAUCAUGUAUUUACAUGAUAUAAUUGCUGAGAUCAUAGGUAAAACUUCUCAAUGUAUACUGAUUUUUUAAAAAAUACAGGGUUGUUACACAUUUUGCAAACCAUUGAAAUUUAUUUAAAAGUAUCAGAUGCUUUUUCAAAAAGAAAAGGAAUAAUCUGAAACUUGAUAAUUCCCUGAACAUUUGAGUGGUUUUCUAUGUGUGGGGGGGGGGAUGACACUGUUUCACAAUUAGAUUAUAUUCUGAUUUGAAAUUUCAUUUUCCCAUAAAAAAUAAACUUCUGUGUUUGUUUAAAUAUAAUUAGAAUGAAUUGUGUAAGAAAAAUAUGGCCUUGGCCCUUGAUUAAUAGAUUUAUAAGGUACAUAGAAAAUAGAGUAUUUUUUAAGGGGGUGAGUUGUACCUCUGAACUGCUUUGUUUGAAAAAAAGAAUAUGUAGUUUAUUUUAACAUAACUCAAAGAAACUUCCAAUCAGCACACAUUUGUUGGCAAGUUUUCACUUAGGCUAUUGUUCCUUACGGUAUUUGUUAUAAAAUUGCCACAUCAACUAAAAUUUUACAAAAAAAAAAAAAAAAAUACUUUAAAUUAUGCUUGAAAUUAAAGAAAAUUAAACUUGUCAUUUUUGAAAUCCAAUAUGGUCUUUCAAAAUACUUUUGUAAAUAAAAUGAUGGAGCCUGUUUAAAAAGUUACUGAUGCUGAAAAGAAUAUUAAGGGAGAUUUCUUUAUGUAAUUUUGCAUGCUUGAAACCUUAUACAUAAUUCUCAUAAAAUAGCUGAAGGCUUUUUAAGCAGAGAAAAUUUGAAACAUUAUUAGAUUUCUGUAAAAUGUGUCUGAACCCUGACAACAUCAGAACUUAAAUUUGGAAUACUGGUAUCUUUAGUACCAUCAAUCAGUUUUAAAUUAAAAAUUCUUCAUUUAGUUAAACGUUUAACAGCUCCUAUAUUUUUUCUUUGUGCACUUUGGUGUGUAUUCAGUUAAAACUGGAAGUCAGAACCCUGCAUAUCUCAGUCAUAUUUUCAUGUGCCAUUUUUAGUAUGAAAUUGUAUUCACAUUUUUGGUGCAUGCAUUUGGUGCAACAAUAGCUUUUCCCCUUAAUCAGUCAUGGAACUAGAAGACUUAGCGAUGUUGCAAUAUUCAGUUGCAUGAAUUGUGUACUGUCAUGGAAUUUUCGUGGUUAGUGGUUGAUGUUGGGAUUAUAUAUAUAUACUCACAUUCAAAACAAGCUAAUUUAGGCAUUUUUAAACUGAUAGGAGCUUAUGGAUAUUUACAUCACAACACUUUUUGUAAAUACUUUAAGCAUUUUAAAAACAUUGUUUUGUAAAGUAAAUUCCUUUUUAAAGUUUUCUUUUUCCCCUUUAAAUUUAAGUAACUGCCUGAAGAAUGCCCAAUAUGUUUUCCCAUUUUCUUUAUAUGGAUUUAAAGAAAAAAUUUCAAGCUAUAAUUAUUUUUUUCUAGUUAUUAAAUUGUGUACAGUUUUCUUUUUUAAUACAAGAGCUUUUGAAAAUAAAAUUAAUGUAUUUAAUUUAUUUUUAAAUGUUUUUAAUGUAUAUUUGCAAUUAAACUCUUAUUUAAAAUGCUUUUUAAUGAAUGUAUGAAUUUCAUAAUAAAUGCAUUGAAAUUUUUACAUUGUUUGUAUCAUAAAAUAUCUAUCAUGCCUUAAUUUCUUUGUAAAAAAUCAAUUGCAACUGUAAAAAGUGUUCAAAAAUAAUAAAAGUUAAUGUCAUUUUUUUAAA